UAUCCAUUUUGUUGCUUUUUCAGCUGGCUGGAACUCUAAUUUUAGGACAUGUCUUUUUUUAAAUGAAGGCUUCACACCUUUUCCCCCAUCAUAUCUCAAAAUGAGAGUUUUGUGUAUGUUCUGUUUUUUAUAAAUGGAAAGAAUCAGAUUGGAAAAGAUGUGGUGCUAAUCUACUGCAACUCCUUUAGUGUAAAAAGCGGCAUAAAGGCAGAGCAUGCCAUCAGCCACCUGUCAUUGAUAGAUUGUUUUGUUUGAGCUGAGUAGGUUAUUUUUCUUUGAGCAGUGUCCUUGCACUACAUCUGAGACUCAUCCAGCCUCUUGAGCUGCAGUAUAUCUAUUUUAUCAGAUCGCUACCAGACAAUAUGAACAAGAACAUCGGGCCCUUGAGUGCUAUGGCUUUCACCAUAGUAUUGCUGAGUAGUGUGGCAUUUCCCCUCAGACUAUAAAUCUUAACAUGAAUGAGUCAUGUUCAAGUUUGGCCAACCACAUCUGGAAUAUUUUAUCAGUGCAGACCAUGCAAUGACAUCCCCCAUGCGCUGCAUCGGAUAUUUCAGGAUUAGAACGGUGGUCACUUUAAUCAAAUGUAUUGAUCUGAGGUUGUACAGUACCUCACGUACAGACAAGACCACAAUCAAACAUCUCCAUGAGCAAACAGCUGGACGGAUUGUGAAGACUGUGGGCCGAUGGCAGAUGUAAAAAAAAUUUUUUUUUUUUAAACGAGUGACAAGGCAGAGGGCACACAGCCAGACAUAUUUAUAGACAUUAAGAAAUUGAUACUGAAAGUGUGCAGCAGAAGGCAGGGAGAUAGAGAGAGAGAGCGAGACUGCAAAUGAGAGAGGGAAAAAUGGAGAGAGAGUGAGAGAGAAAGAGAGAGAAUGGGCAGGGCUCUAGGUAUGUGAGAACAACAGCACGCCGGGCCAGUCAGACAGAGGAGAGGGGUGAAAAGAGGGAGAGGAAGAAGAGGAGAGUGAUUGGAUAAGUGCUUGUAAGUGUGUGAGUGUGUGUGUGUGUGCGUGUGUGUGUGCGUGUGUGUGUGUGUGUGUGUGUGUGUGUGUGUGUGUGUGCGUGUGUGUGUGUGUGUGUGUGUGUGUGUGAAAAAUCAGAUGGAGUCAGUGUCCAAGUGCAAGACAGUGGGCCGGGGGAGAGAGAUGCUCACAGAGGAUGAGGAGUAAGAGGGCGAGGCAGCAGCGUGAGGCACUGUGAGUGUGUGUGCUUGAGGAAUAGUGUUUGAACAGAGGGAUGCAGUCAUGUCUCUGUGAGAGGGAGCAGCACAGCAACGGUAACCAUGCUAAGCCCCAAGAUAAAACAGGCACGCCGGGCGCGGUCCAAGAGCAUGGUGCUCGGAGAGCUGUCUCGGGUGUCCAGGCCCUGCUCGCCCCUGGAUCAGGAGAAAGCGCUGAAGGCAGGCUGGCUGAAGAGGCAGCGGAGUAUCAUGAAAAACUGGCAGCUGCGUUGGUUUGUCCUGAGGACUGAAGCUCUGUACUUCUACAAGGACCAGGAUGAAACCAAAGCACAGGGUUGUAUUCCUCUUCAGGGCAGUCAGGUCAAUGAGCUGCCCGCAAAUCAGGACGAGCCAGGUCGCCACCUUUUUGAAAUUGUUCCAGGGGCACCUGGAGAAAAGGAUCGAACAGGUAUAAGCCAUGAAUCCUUCCUGCUGAUGGCCAACUCUCAGAGUGACAUGGAGGAAUGGGUCAGAGCCAUACGCAGAGUCAUAUGGGCUCCACUUGGAGGAGGAGUCUUUGGGCAGCACCUAGAGGAGGCCAUGUUGUACGAGGCCCAGUGUGGCCCACAGCGACCGGUCCCUGUCUUGGUCGAACAGUGUGUGGGUUUUAUACGUGAACAGGGGCUUGAGGAGGAGGGUCUCUUCAGGGCCCCUGGACAGACCAAUCAUGUCCGAGAGCUGCAGGAUGCGUUUGACCGUGGCGAGAAGCCAGUGUUUGACAGUUCCACAGAUUGCCACACAGUGGCAUCACUGCUAAAGCUCUACAUACGGGAGCUGCCAGAGCCUAUAAUCCCAUUCUCCAAAUACACUCAGUUUCUUUCUUGUGCUCAGCUACUUGCCAAGGAUAAAGAAAUGGGUAUGAUAGAGCUCAGCAAACAGGUGAAAUCCCUUCCUCAGGUCAACUACAACCUCCUUAAAUACAUCUGCAGGUUUCUGGAUGAGGUUCAGUCUCACUCCACUGAGAACAAGAUGAGUGUCCAGAAUCUGGCCACUGUGUUUGGUCCCAAUAUCCUUCGGCCCAGGGUGGAGGAUCCAGUUACCAUGAUGGAGGGAAGUUCACAGGUGCAGCACCUGAUGACUGUGCUGAUCAGUGAACACUCCCGACUUUACCAACGCGAGGAUCCAGAAACAGACACCAAGACCCCCCCACGGCAACAACAGAUUCCUGUCCAACGGGGCAAAGUGGAAUGGUUCUCACAAGAAGACACUGACCCCUCACCCUCCUCAGGCAAAGGCAACAAACCCCCUCAAGAGAAACCCCAAUCUUCCACCCCUUCUUCAGACAAUAAGUCAACUGCACUAAGCCCCGUCACAACAUUGGAGAAGGGUGAGGAUGGUCAGAUUGAAGGAAAGAGCCAAAGUAAGCCAGAGGAGAAAGUGGAUGAAAAGACAGAUGGCAAAACUGAAGGGAAAAGUGGAAGUGAAGUAGCUGUUAGUCCCAGUAAGCAGUCUAAAGCUCUGCCCUCGUGGAAGUGCUCCUUCAAGGGCAGCGGAGCAUCUGGGGGGCCAAGGGGAAAGAUAGGGGGAUCGGCAGGGGAUGUGUCAGCUGCUGGUGGGAGCAACUGGCUGAUGAAUGGCCUGUCAUCCCUCCGAGCUCACAGGCGCACCACCUCAUCUGGUGAACGGCUGAAAGAUUCAACCCUCUCCCUCAAAGAGAACACUCUUUCACUCAAGGACUCUCAGAGAGACUCUGAUGAAGACUCCUGUCGACCGGCCAUUCCUCACAGAGCCCUCCACCAAUCCCACAGACUGUCUGCCUAUGACAAUGUUGCCCCCUCCAGUCUAAGCCUGCCGGCUGACACCUCCUCAAUCUGGUCAUCCUUUGAGAUCUCGCUGGCCGAACCAGAGGGAAGUGAUAAGGCAGUGAAAGCAGGGCAGGGUCAAGAGAGACCCGCAGAGGUGUGGGACAGUACAAAUUCUCUGGAUCACAAUGCAAGUGGUACUGAAGAUGAUCUUGCAGGAGGAAAUGAAGGUCUCACCAAAACGCUGACCCAGCUCAAGAAGGAGCUGAAGAAACAGAGGACGAGCUAUGAAGCCAGCAUUCGCAAGUUGGAGGAGUCCUGUUCGAAGUACCAGUCCCAGGUAAACCGCCUUGAGGAGGAGCUGGACCAGGAGAGGAAGAAGUUUCACAUGCUUGAGAUCCGACUCAGGAACUCGGAGCGGGCACAUCAAGAUGCAGAGAACCGAAACAUUCUCCUCCAGCAAGAGAUGGGGGAGUUCUUCAGAACACUUGGAGAUCUGACAACAGAGGCAGCACGGGCCAAUUAGACCAGAACAACAUGCCAUCAACUGGUCCAUCAGAAGAGGACGAGCUUAAAUAAUCGGAAGAUCACCCCAAGCUUUAAAGAACAAAAAUACCUCUAGUGGAGUACUACUUGCCAUCAUAUCCUCUAAACUAUGGCUGUAUUGUGCCUACACUGACCAGUACCGGUGCCAAAUGAGAAUUCCUCUGGACCAAGCACUUCUCAUUUUACCAUUCCCCAAACUUCCUUCCUGCCUAUUAUACUCCAUAGGUCAUAUAGCUGAUUAUUUAUUGAUUAGAUUCCUCUGUGAGAUACCAGAAAAAACGUUACUGCUGAAAGAGGUACUGUUCCUGUAAGCUAUCUUUAAGAACUCAUAAUCUUCCAGGAAAUCCUGACACUCAAAGGAAAAACAAUGUGAGACAUUAAAAUUCAUAUUGUUUAUUUGCUGGAGUUGUACGUACUGUAGACAGUUUCCAUUUUGGAUGUAUAUAAUUGGUCUUUUAGUGAGGCAAUUUCCGAUCCAAAGGCUAAAAUUCACGUCUGGCCUUACCAUAACACACACACACAACAGAUUUACUCAUUGCUCUCAGUAUUUGGCCAAGUCAUCAGAGGACUACAGUAUCAUGCCCGCUGUGCUGAAUUGCUUUCCUUUCUUCCCACUUAAUGUACCUGCACUAAAACCAGAUUUGCUCAGAGAAAACUCAUGCGUAGUCUAUCUAUCUAAUUUUUCUAUUUUUGAGAAGAUGGAGGGGGGAAAAAACAAGAAUCAAUUGAAAUGUGAUCCAGAGGGGUCAGGACAUGCGUCACAAUCCCCAAAGAACAUUCUGGGAGCUGAAUGCUAAGGGUUACUGCCUGGGGUGCCCAACCAUGAAAAGGGCAAUUUGAGCCAUCAAAUACAUCCAAAGGAACCACGGCAGGUAGGAAAUUCCUGUUUCCCGACUUUCAGAAAAAUGCAAACAUCUACAUUAAAAUGUACAGAUCAAUUACCAAGUUUACUAAUCUAUGAAUAAUAUUGCACAGAAAACCAACAAAAAUGAAAACAAAAAUGCAUAUAAAUAGUACUUCUGAAUGAAAUGUACAUAACAUACAAUAGAUGCCUCCUAGCUUGAGAUAAAUAAAUAAAUAAAACAAAAUGCAGAAAAAA